ACAGUCGGUUGACUUUGACGUAUCGUGUCAAAACAUUUUUCGAUCUCGAUUCUAGACAUAAGAAUAAUUUUGAUUAUUGUUUUAAUACUGCAACAAUGUCAGCAAAGCAAGCAAUUCAAGUCGGCACAAAAAAUGUGAGGCCAGUGCUUUCUCUUAAUCGUGGGGAAGCUAGAGCAAGAGUUUUGAACUUAUACAAGGCAUGGUAUCGUCAAAUUCCUUACGUAGUGAAAGAAUUUGAUAUGCCCAAGUCUGAAGAUCAAUGCCGUGCAAAGCUGAAAGAGAUGUUUUUGAACAACAAAAAUGUUACCGAUGUCAGAGUCAUUGACAUGCUAGUCAUCAAGGUAAGUAGUAGUAGUAAGCAUCUUGAAAUAUUUGAAAUGUUGAGAGACAGUAUACAUCAUCUUCCUUAUCCUACUCUUGUAGGGUCUGUGUAACAGGUUUUUGUCCUC